GCAUUAGUUGAAUACAACAAAGCGAAUAAAACAAAUCAAGCAAGCGUUGCAAAACUACUGUACAAUAAAAAGAUUUCUUUUAUAAAGCGAAAAAGUAAUAAAACAAAAUCACAAGAAUGUCAAAUCUUCCACUAUUGUUGAGCUUGGCCAACGAUCUUAAUCGUCUCUGUUUGAACAGUGCUCCAUUCUACGAAACGCCUUCCUACUAUCUGCGUCAUCCAGCCUAUUUAGCUUUGGCUAACACUGGUGAUCAAACACAGUUGCAAAAACGUGACAAACAAACUGGUGCCCUGUCUACUAUUGGCAAAGAUGGUUUCCAGGUGUGCAUGGAUGUACAACAAUUUAAGCCCAGUGAAUUGAAUGUUAAAGUAGUGGACAACUCUGUCGUCGUGGAGGGCAAACAUGAGGAACGUGAAGAUGAUCAUGGUUACAUCUCUAGACACUUUGUACGUCGUUAUGCCUUACCCAAGGGUUAUGAUCCCAAUAAGGUGGUCUCUACUCUCUCCUCAGAUGGUGUUUUGACUGUAAGUGUUCCUAAACCACAAACAGAAGAGAAAUCCAAUGAGCGUCAAAUUCAUAUUCAACAAGUCGGUCCAGCCCAUUUGAAUAUCAAAGAAAAUGCCAAAGAGGAAAAAGAUAAAGAAGAGGGAGAUGCUGCUGCUGGCAGCGAGUCGGAUAAGACAGCUCAAGCUAAAUUGUAAAAGUGAUCUUGUUUAAGAUCUUUUAGCAUAUUAAUAUAUUUUCCUUUCAUUUGUUGUUAUUGUUACUACACAACAUUUUCGAGAGUCAAUAGUCUGUUAAUUUUUAAGAAGUUUUUAUAUAAAUUUUAUUAUUUUCUCAAUAAUUAUAUUUAAAGAAAAUGUUUUAAACCAAUAAAGUUAUUAAAAGUAUUACAAAAUAAA